CACCUUCCGACGACAACUAGAAAUGAGCGAGUUAUUGGGAGCUGCCGCUGCAGGGCAAAUCAGAGAUCGAUUUGCACAAUCAAGCAGUCCCGAAGAAGCCAUUCGCGAUAUUCAACGCGACUAUGGUCUUAAUAUGCUACCAGGCAUGGAAGCCAUUUACAUGCUCCUGGAUCUUUCGGGUUGCAAACGCGCAGAAGUCCAUAGUGCAUGUCUCGAAGCACUCAAUCGAGCCGUUGUUGCACGUAUUCAAAGUCCUGAAUUUGGAGAAGAAGAAUUCAUUCAAGUUUUUCAACGCUCGCUUUCAUAUAUUGCUAUUUCAGAACUUCAGCCUAUUCCUAUGGCGUUAUUGGAGAAAUUUGCAUCGUAUCUCGACCAAGACACUUUGGAAGCGUUAAAGCAAAAUCUAGACGUGUUCGAGCAAUGCCCUGUUAAUGUCAAGCAGCGUAUCUGGAAGCAAGACGAAUCAUUCUUCCAGGAACAAAUUCUGCAGAUGCUUAACAUGUAUCAUUAUGACGACGAUUUGCAGGAAGCUGCCAUGAAUCUAAGACCCGACAGUUAUCAGGAUGUUUUGUCCACGAGACGAUUACAUCCAAUUGUCAAUAAACUGAUGGAAAUCAUUAAUGGCGAUCCCAAGUUGUACUCUAUGGUCCUAAACACGAUCCAUAUUGUCUUCCAGUCAUCGCCCUUCCCCAGUUUGUGUUCGAUCCGUGUCGAUUUACUGAUGAACUAUCAUGAAAAAGAUAAUGCUGCUGUACUGAAAACAGACAAAUGCCAUCGACUUAUUUGGUCACUCGACACCUGCGUUCGUACGCAGAAUAUGGAUGGAGCCAUUAUCGAAAAAAUUAAGGAAUGCUUUGACGAUGUCAAAAACGGCACUCCUCUAUACACUGAUUAUGCCAUGGUAUUGAUGGACCCAAUUAUCUCAAACUUUCUCUCUGCCUGCAUUAUGAAGUGGCUGCGCAUUAGCGUGGAUGACGACGUACCCGAGGACUUGGAACAACUCAUCAAAUACAGCGCCAAACUGCUUAACUUGGCUGAGCAGGCACCCAUGGCAGCACGUACACAACAAAAAAUUCCAAAAAUCGACAAAAACUUAACUGAUUGUUGGAGCUCGUUAUGCGCAAUCAUGCUUAUGGAAAACAACAACAAAGGUUCUGUCAAGCCGUCAGAUACAGAAAUAUUACGGGUGAUGCUGAGUAAAAGUGAGAUUGCGCGCAAGGUGUUUGUCCAAUAUUGCAUCGACAGAACUUUCGAAGGUGAUAUCAUGUCGCUCCAACGAUUGCUGCCUUUUAUCCUCGAGACAUUGCCUGUUUCAAAUGAUACCAACGCCGCGCAUGUGUUCAUAUACGAAAGCUUUAUUCAUACGUUCAUUGGUAUUCUCAACAAAAAGUGGUUGGUCGAAUGCGUCAUGGAUGAUAAGUGGAAGACAGCUGUGUUCAAUGGCUUUUUAAUACACAUUGUUCGCUGGAGCGCUAUCGCACACAAGGAGGUCGUGGUGUUGCUGACGAAAUGCUUUGCCGGCCCAAAACUUCAACGACUUUUGGAUGAAAAGAUUGGUUUGAUUGCUGAAUGGGUUGAUCGUGUCUGUCAAGAAGGAUACAAAGAUGAAAAGGUAAAGCACACCAGGUUUAUAAAUUUUAAAGAGUACGUUGUCUAAUUUGAAUUUGGGCUGUAAACAAUAGAAUAUCCACGAACUACAUAAAGUCUACAGCAAUCUCUUAUCACUGUCAGAAACUACGUUGGAUGGUCAAUUUCGAAUUGCGCCUCCUGCCGUUUUGCAUUUUCUGAGUAACAACCCGUAAAAAUAGUACUUCAUCACGAAGCUCUGUACAUAGAUGAUUGGCUGUAUAUACAUUUUUUAUAAACCAAAGGCUUUUCUUUCCUUUGCGUAAUCAUCCA